GACCCUAGUUGUCAGUUUUGUUGAUAGUUGACAUUAAUUUCCAGCUGUUUUCUUUCUUCUUAAAUAUUUCGAUCAAAACAUUAAAAAUGAACGAGGAAAUUGACGAAUAUGAUAUAUAUCAUCAAGAUUUCACUACAGUUUCAGAUUGGGAAGUAUUUAUAGCACGUAUAGAGGAAAUUUUAAAUGAGUGGAAAUUGUCUAAAUCGAAUAAAUCGAAACCUAUUGAGUAUACAAAGAAAUGGGUGUGUAAAGUCGAAGAAUUUAGUUUUCAAGGAGUAAAAUUUGUGCUAUCCUAUCAUACGCUAGAACACAGCUGCGACGUAGAAGGAUCCCAAGAAUCUGAUAAAUUUAUUCGUCUAGAAAUACAAAAUGGCCUGUGGGAAGCGACAUCUCGUUUUAUGGAGGACAAUGAUGGUAGUCCUUUCCCUGUGUCUAAUUGGUAUGGCUUAAAGCGAUAUUUAAUGUUGUGCCCUAGCAUUCCACUCAUUGACGGUAGUCUGAUUAAAGUAAUAAUGAGUUCUGUCAAUAUUGCUUUUGCAAACGUUGAUUGUAGUGUACCUUUGUUUGUAAAAAUCAGAGAACACUGGCAGCAAAGCUACUUAGGAUUCUAUGAAGAUAAUGAGUACAAAACCAGUUUCGAUACUAUACAUUUGAAGCGAAUAUCAAAUCAAUGUUCUCAUCUUAGUGGGCUCAUAAGUUUAUUUAAAUCAAAAAUUGCCUCACCUGUGGCACUGGAUACUGUUCUAGUUUCUGCUAAAUAUUCAUAUGAGUUGAAGGAUUCAGAACCUUUUGUUUGGAAAAAGACUAACACUACAAAUGAAUUUUUAUCUAUAGAUGGGUUUGAUGUGAAGAAAUUAACAGAGUUGCCGUUUGGUUCUGAUAAAAAUCCAAUUAACAGUAUACUACUAAAUGCAAUAUGGCCAAGGUUUCGGGAAUCUACAAUUGUUGAUUCUUCAACAUUUUCCGAUAUUGAUCCUAUUAUGGCACCAACUUGGACAAUUACACUUAAAAUGAGGGAUAACAUUCAAUGUCAAUUAUCUGAAACUAUUGCUAAGAUGAUGGAUUUGUUAGAUAACAACAAUCUUCUUAUGGAUACAUUAGGUUUGAGUAAAAGUUUAGGUCUUGUUAACCCCUUACAUAAAAUCACUGAAGCUCCUAUAACAAUUUCUAAACUUGUCAAAGCAGCUAUUGGCCAAAGUUCAAACAUACAUGAGUUCAAAGGGCCCAUAAGUGAUGAGUUGUUAAUGCCUCUGCUAUAUUAUAUAUUUCCUGAUGCUGUUGAUGAUGCUACUUUCAAGUAUCCCUCACAAUUAGAAGUUGAAUUUAAACAGGCAGAUAGCAGUGAACCAAAAUUAUGUAGUUACAUUAAGACAAGCCCUGAGGGUGGUCUAGUGUGGAGGAUGUCAGUAACUGCCGCACGGCUGUAUGACGCAGGAGGUCUGCUCUACUUAGCUCACCUUUGGUAUGAAUUCACACAAGAAUUACAGUAUAGAUGGGAGCACCGUAUAUUAGUGCCUGGAGUUGCAGAGGGAAAUCCUAAUGCUCGCACCUGCUUACUACAUCAAAAAUUGCAACUUCUCAAUUGUUGCAUUAAACGUGCACAAGAUGGCACUGGUAGCCUUACUGGGACCUCUUCGGAUGAUGAAUAUUUCGAUUGCUCUGAAGAUGAAGAUGGGGAUGAACAACUUCCGUGGAAUAGACCCGUGGGGAGACUUCAUCGUCUCGGAGAUGCUACGCUUAAAUCUGGGGCACCUCUUUAUGUGCCACGUACUCAGGAUCCCGCGCCAAAAACCGAGGAUCAACUGGAGGAAGACGCGGAACUGAUGGUACGACUAGGCGAUGAUGCUCGGGCUUCCGAGCUUCGAGCUAGAAUGAUGAGUGCAUCCUUAUUGUCUGAUAUGGAGGCAUUUAAAGCAGCAAAUCCCGGUGCAGAGCUGUGCGAUUUUGUACAGUGGUAUUCUCCGCGCGAUUGGAAGUCAGACGAUGGUGGUGCGCUAGGAGAUCGCAUGCUAUUGCCAGGAAAUCCUUGGACAGAGACAUGGGGCGUCGCUCGACCAGUUCCGGCCGCUCGACAACGAAGACUUUUCGACGAAACCCGUGAAGCUGAACAAGUUUUGCAUUUUCUGCGUUCUCGAUCCGUAAGCGCUGUAACUGACCUACUUUUACCCGCUAUAUUAAAAGCUGGUGCAGCAAAAGCUAUAGCGGAAGGUGUCCAAGGAAAUUCGUCGUCUGUUGGUGGAGUAGAUAAACGGCGGACUUUUGAGAUUGCUGCUCGGGAGAUUCAUGAAGCUGAGAUAGAGGCCUGUAGAUCUCUAUGUGUGCGCACUGUUCUAGAGAAAAGUGUCGAAGGAAUGCCUUUAGAUGCAGCCGGACGUACGAGGAUUUUAAAUGCAGCCGGUGGUGCUCUUCCAGCUCCAGCUCGACGUGAGUUCUCUCUAAGAGUUAAAGAUGCUAUAGCGCCGCAAGUGAUGCGAGCUGCGCUAGGUACCGACAUGACUAUUAUAGGUGCGUUUACAGAAAGUAUAUUAUGUUUGUAGCAGUGCGAAUAGUGAUUAUGCUGAGAUGUCUUCCUAGGUAAAUAAUAAUAUUGUAGUUCAAGAGUCGUGUCGAAAAAGUUGUUUUGUAUAUAAAAUUAUUAGUUUUGUAAAUUUUGUAAUGUUGAAAUUAUUUGUAAAUUGUAUAGCAGUUUAACAAGUAGUUUGAAUUGUAAAAAUAUAAGAUUGAAUAUGUAGCGAGAAGUGUCUUUUGAGUUUGGAUACAUUAAUUAAUUGUAGUGUAUAUUUAGGUAAUUGCGCUAGCUUGUUAAGUUUUUUUUAUUUUUUAUUUUGAACAUGACUAUUAAAAUGUUAAAAAUUUCUAUGAAAA